AUGGCCAUCACCACCACGGAGGGCAACGAGCUGCAGGUGCUUGGCUUGGCCGUGGUUGCCAUCUGGGGAGUGUAUCAGACCCUUCGCUGGUGCUGCUCUUGCUGCUGUCGCUGCUGUUGUGGCAAGAGGGAAGUCCCAGUACCUCCUCCGGUUGCGCAGCCUGAUUCCGUCCAGGUUGACGGCAGAAAAGUCAGCGUGGAGCACCUGAUCCAGACCAAGGAUCCACGCACAGCGUAUUUCCUCUGGCUGACGUUGGGAUUGGUGGGAGCACACCUUUUCUAUACGGAUCGACUGCUGCACGGGGUGCUUGCCGCUUGCAGCGGGAACUUCCUGGGCGUGGGAUGGUGCCUUGACUUCCUUCUCAUCCCGACCUAUGUCGGGGCCAUCAACCGGCAAGUGCCAGCGGAAGUGGCAAGACCGGACAACAGCUGCCGGCGGCUUUGCUGUCGGCUGCCCUUGAUCUGCGGGGUCAUCAUCACGGUGUUUCUGCUUUUGGUCUUCCGACUCCCAUCAUUUCUCCACGGCACCGGGUUGGUGGACCUGGAGCAGAGAAUUGCAGGAACAGCGGGCAAUCCAUAUGUGAUCCUGGAGGUGGAGCGCGACACGCCGCCCGAGGAUGUUAGGAAGGCCUACAGUUCACAGCUCCGAGACGUGGAGGCCUCCAAGGACUGCCAAGCUUCCAACAAGGCCUGCAAAGCGAAGAAGCAGAACUUGAAGAAGGCUGCCGAUUUCAUCCUUAAUGGCGUCCCACGUUCAGCCGAGCCCCAGAAGGAGAAAAAGGCUCGGCGGAAGUCCCGAGAGCGAGAGCGAUCCGACGACGAUCCUUGGGGCGACUGGAGCGACCAUCUCAAGGCUGAAUGGGAUGCGCUUGGAGAUGAGAUCAAAGAAGGGUCGGCGCAGUUCGCCAAGAAUGUAGAGAAGGACUACUUUAGCUGA